UCACGUUCCGGGGCCCUGCCUCGUUAUAUGAGGCGAGGCGGUGCCCGCGCCACCCACGUUCCAGGGCGCGUGUUAUUCAGCCCCACGUGGCGGCACACCGUCUCCGCCUUCACGUCUCCUCCCGUGCUCUCUCCGCGUCUCCCGUCCCAGCCAUGAGGGUGGUCGUGGGAGGCGGCUCGGGCUUUGUGGGCUCGGCGCUGUGCCGUCUGCUCGGCAGCCGGGGCCACACCGUGACGCUGGUGUCGCGCUCGCCCGGCUCGGGCCGCGUCACCUGGGAGGAGCUCAAGGCGAGGGGGCUGCCGCCGUGCGACGCUGCGCUCAACCUGGCCGGCCUGCCCGCCAUCGACCCGCUGCGCCGCUGGAGCCCGGAGCUGAGCGCGGAGCUGCGCAGCAGCCGCGUGGAGACCACGGCCGCGCUCGCCCGGGCCGUGUCGGAGGCCAAGCCGCGGCCUCACACGUGGCUACUCGUCACAGGGGUGGGCUACUACCGGCCGAGCCGCACCGCGCACUACACCGAGGACAGCCCAGGCGGAGACUCGGACUUCUGGGCGCAACUCGUGACCGCGUGGGAGACCGCGGCGAAGCUCCCGGGCAGCCAGCAGGAGAGCGCGGUCCGACAGGUGGUGGUGCGGCCGGGCUUGGUGCUGGGAAAGGGAGGCGGCGCCAUGAGUCGCAUGGUGUGGCCCUUCUGGCUGGGGCUGGGCGGCCCGAUCGGGAACGGCAAGCAGCCCUUCCCGUGGGUCCACGUGGACGACCUGGCAGGCAUCAUCGCGCACGCCCUGGAGACUCCGUCGGUGUGCGGGGUGCUCAACGCCGUCGCGCCCAGCGCCGUCAGCAACGCCGACUUCGCGCGAGAGUUGGGCCGGGCCCUGGGUCGCCCGGCGCUGCUGCCGAUGCCCGGCUUCUUUGUGAACGCGAUGCUGGGCCGCGAGCGGGGCCUGCUGCUCCUACAGGGUCAGAGCGUGAGCCCCAAGAGGACCCUGGAGAGCGGCUACCGCUUCAAGUUCCCCGAGCUCGCCCCGGCGCUUGAGGAAGUUGUGUCGUGAUCCCUGCGGCUUCGUAUCCGUCGCAAGCCCCGGCAGACGCCUCGUCGCGUCUGCUUUCUCCAGCACGCUCCGCCCUCGCUAUAUUCACUCCACGUAUACAUUUGCGUUGCGUAUUCCUCCAGAAAAAUCAGGCCUCCGUGAGUCCUGUUUAAGUGUUUGCUUUGGAUAUUGAAGGGGUCCGUGUAACAAAAAAAAUAUCUCAUUCAACCCGUGUGGCUUCUGGACUGACGCUUCCCUUUGGUAUUCAUGAAAGCGUCAACCUGGGUCUAUUUCUACCUUAAGUUUCAUCAUGCUUCUGGGUUGCCAGGUGUAAAUGCAUCCACCUACAAUGUGCAUAGAAUGGAUGUCAAGGAACCAGGGUUGGUAACAUUGCAAAUAUGAAAGAUAGCAUUUUCUUGCUGUAAGGGACCCAAAGUUUGGCCAAGAUAAAUUCGCUAUUUUCUUUCAACAUUGCCGUGAAAUGGUCUGCGAGGAGAUUGUCGGUCUCUGGGUAGUGUGUAGGGUCGGGGAGGUGGCCGGCUUGGUAUAAACAGUUGCGAUAGGCGGGCCACUCUGCACCAGACCCUUCGACUGAUAAGAGUACCGCUGGGCAUCCCACAACACAAACCUCGCAUUGCAGACCAGUGAUUCCUAGACAUCUGCGUCGAUUGUGCGAUGUGUUGGGAACAUGCUACAAGGACGGACACCACACUGUGUGGCAGAUAAGGAUGAUGUAAUACGCAUUUGCAUGUGUGCAGUUCAUCGUAAUGUGUGUGAAAGACGACGCAUUUGGACGUGGAUAAGAGUGUCUUUACUUACUGGGAUGUGGUUUGUUUGGUUUGAUGGUGAUAAUUUAAAUAGGUGUUGUUAAAGGGUAAUAGAAGGUAUUGCACAAACAUCAAUCAUGGUCUUGUCGUUUAAGUCGCUCGAGGACUGGGCAGUCGGGAAAUCGUUUAGACCACCUCGGGUCUGCUUCCAGUUGUAAUGUACGAGGCAUCAACCUCUAGGCUUGUGAAUAGCAGUACAGUUCUAAUGUAUUUAAAGUUCGUGAACUGACCUAAAUGAUAUACAACUGAUGCACUGCUGUAAAAUCUGUUAAUUAAAUGUUUUUUUUGCAAUUUG